AUGGCAGCAGGGACAUCUCUUAUUAAUUCAAAUUUAACACGUUUCAUGGCAAUUCUGACCAUGGAAAGGUUGGACCUACCACCAUCCAGUACAUUUUUCAUCUACAUUUUUGGCAUCAUCACAUACUGUUUAAUUUUAUUCUUCCACUCUGUGCUACUUGUGACUAUUUUUGUAAAAAGGGAUCUGCAUAAACCAAUGUACAUACUGUUAUUUAAUUUAUCCAUAUGUGACCUUUUGGGAUCUACAGCUUUUUACCCUCAGCUGGCUUGUAGCAUAUUGUCUCAGACUCGAGAAAUCUCCUACCCUGCCUGUGCCUUGCAAGGCCUGUUUAUUCACCUCUAUGGGAAUGGAUCUCUUUUAUUUCUCACUGUUAUGUCUUAUGACAGGUACAUUGCCAUUUGCCAGCCUUUGAGAUAUCAUAAUAUGAUGACACGAGCUGUUUUGGUAAAAUUUAUCUUCUUGGUCUGGUCUGUAAAUUGUACUAUGAUUGGGGCUUCAUUUGUGCUCACAUUAAGCAAAGAAAUCUGCAGGACAAAUAUAGUGGACACAUUCUGCAAUCAUCCAUCUUUAUUGAAGUUAACUUGUGAGGAUACAAGAGUGGUUAACUACUACGGCUUGUUUACUAUCGCUCUUUUCCAAGGCUCUUCCAUACUAAUAGUGUCAUUAACAUAUAUCAAAAUACUAAUUACCUGUCUUUCAACACAACAGAAAAAUUCUAUAAGUAAGGCAAUGCAAACCUGUGGGACACAUUUAGUUGUUUUUUUUACUUUUGAGGUUAAUGUAUUCUUAGCACUGCUUUCUCACAGGUUAGAAACAGUAUCUCCACACUUAAGAAGAGCCUUUGGUGUUUCAAUUAUUAUUUUUCCUCCAAUUCUUAACCCACUUAUUUAUGGAUUGAAAACAAGGGAAAUCCGACAAACAAUGUUUAAGUUCUUACAAACAAAAGUUUCUUCUAGAUAA